CAGUGAAGUAAUUCAUAACUUGCUUUGGAGAACGAGGAGGACAACUACCCUUUGGAUGAAAGUAGUGAAGACAGUGAGGACGAACGUAGCCACUUUGAGAUUCGUCUUGACCCCGCUGAGGGUAUCUGAAUUGACUUUCAACAAGACUUAAAAAAUGGCGACAUAUACACGCGAUCAAGUGAUUCAGAUGCUCUUUGACAGCGAUGAUGAAUUCGACAGCCUCGACGAAUGCUAUUCCGGAGAUUCGGGUGGCGCUAGCCUAGAUUCCUCUGAAGAGGAGGUGUUUUGGGGACGACGGGACCCUGUCCUCGACAUUGUUUCUUCAGAGGCUCCAAUGAGUGGAUCUGUCCCCACCCCUCUCCCAACGCCGCCUCCUCGCUGUAGGAGCAAACCCGCCCCACUGGUGGACAGGUGGCAUGAUGGUUCUGAGGAGGACGUGUGCCCCCCACCGUUUCCAUUCUGCCCUGAGAGGACGCCUGGAGCUCAGCUUGAUUUCCAGAAGUCAUACAGCCCCCUGGAAAUCUUCAAGCUGUAUUUCACACCGGAUGUCCUUCAGACGCUGUGCACCAACACCAACAAAUACGCUGCCCGGAAGCUUGCGGCGGGUGCAAGGACGCCGUGGACAGACGUGACGCCAGAUGAGAUGCUCAACUACUUGAGCCUUGUGGUGUAUAUCGGCCUGGUCCAGGUGACAUCUGACAUGGACCUGUGGACUGAGGAUUCAUGCCAUUUCUGGUUGGACUUUCCUUCCAGCGUCAUGCCAGUCGACAGGUACGAGGCCAUCACUGCAUAUUUACAUUUGAGUGACCCAGCUGCCGAUGAGGUGAAUGACCAGCUCUGUGGUCAGCCAGGGCAUGAUGGCCUUUCCCGCGUGAAGCCUCUUCUUGACGACCUCCUCACGGCCUGCAGGGCACACUACCACCCACACCAGAACCUUGUAGUUGAUGAGCGCCUGGUAGCCAAGAGUACGCAGCCCACGAACAGGGGUAACAAGCUGUUCGUCCUGGUCGACAGCCAGAAUGGUUACACGUGCGACUUCUCGGUCUACAAGGGAAUGGCGCAGUCUCCGAGUGGCAACGGUCUGAGCUUUGACGCAGUUGUCGGCUUGCUCAAGGUGCCCCAUCUCGGCACGGGGUACCAUGUGUUUGUGGACAGCUUCUACACCAGCACCAAGCUUUUCAGCCAUCUCCACCAGCUGCGCUUUGGGGCCUGUGGGGCCAUCCGGACGGACUGUGUGGGGUUUCCAUGCACAGCGGAGAAUGCAUUGGGCAGCGGGGCUGCUCGAGGGGAAAUGCGCUGGAUCCGUGAGGACCCCCUGCUUUAUGUGAAGUGGAAGGACAGGCAUGACGUUGCCAUGUGUUCCACCAUCCACAAAGCCUACAGUGGGGAGUCUAUGGAGCGCCGUGUCCGGGACCCUAAUGGAGGCUGGGCCAAGAGGGUGAUUCCUCUGCCUGACCCGGUCAAGGAGUACGACGAGUACAUGGGGGGAUGGGGGGACCUCUCUAACACCCUCAUCAAGUACUUCUCUCUGGGCCCCAACAAAAACCAGUGGUACAAGAGGCUGUUUCUGCACUUUGUAGAUAUUGUGGUGGUGAACAGCUUCAUUAUCUCCUUGGAGAUGGCAGAGGUGAAGAAGCAGAAGCCCCUCAAGAUGAAGAGCUUCCGGAAGGCUCUGUGUGAGCAGCUGGCAGCUGCUGGGAAGGACUGAUUUUAUUUUCCAAAAGACUGAGUCCAACAUCAGGGCAGGCUUCCUGAUAACAAUUGUAAAAAUCUGCUUACAUUUUUUACACUCACUGUCAGAUGUGUAAUUGUACAGUAAGUGUCCAAUAAGACAUUGUUAAUAAGUUAUAGAAUCAGAAACUGUAAAUGUUAGUGUGCUAGGUCAACCCAGUUCUACGCUGAAACUACAAAGAAAAUAGGCUUUUUUUUUAUGACAAAUAUUUUACUUUAUUUUCCAAAAGACUGAGUCCAACAUCAGGGCAGGCUUCCUGAUAACAAGUGUAAAAAUCUGCUUACAUUUUUUACACUCACUGUCAGAUGUGUAAUUGUACAGUUAUAGAAUCAGAAACUGUAAAUGUUAGUGUGCUAAUAUUUUACUAUUGCUGCUCUGAAAUGCAAACUAAAAUGACAUAAUAAAAAAAAACUUUUUAAAAACAA